UACCCCGAUUAUUUCACUGAACAUGAUGGCAAAAGCUGGGUGGAUGGCCCCGGUCACAAUGGCUGCAAGGCAACCUAGUAUGAUAAUACAACGACCUACCCCAAUUAUUUCACUGAACAUGAUGGCAAAAGCUGGGUGGAUGGCCCCGGUCACAAUGGCUGCAAGGCAACCUAGUAUGAUAAUACAACGACCUACCCCAAUUAUUUCGCUGAACAUGAUGGCAAAAGCUGGGUGGAUGGCCCCGGUCACAAUGGCUGCAAGGCAACCUAGUAUGAUAAUACAACGACCUACCCCAAUUAUUUCGCUGAACAUGAUGGCAAAAGCUGGGUGGAUGGCCCCGGUCACAAUGGCUGCAAGGCAACCUAGUAUGAUAAUACAACGACCUACCCCAAUUAUUUCGCUGAACAUGAUGGCAAAAGCUGGGUGGAUGGCCCCGGUCACAAUGGCUGCAAGGCAACCUAGUAUGAUAAUACAACGACCUACCCCAAUUAUUUCACUGAACAUGAUGGCAAAAGCUGGGUGGAUGGCCCCGGUCACAAUGGCUGCAAGGCAACCUAGUAUGAUAAUACAACGACCUACCCCAAUUAUUUCACUGAACAUGAUGGCAAAAGCUGGGUGGAUGGCCCCGGUCACAAUGGCUGCAAGGCAACCUAGUAUGAUAAUACAACGACCUACCCCAAUUAUUUCACUGAACAUGAUGGCAAAAGCUGGGUGGAUGGCCCCGGUCACAAUGGCUGCAAGGCAACCUAGUAUGAUAAUACAACGACCUACCCCAAUUAUUUCACUGAACAUGAUGGCAAAAGCUGGGUGGAUGGCCCCGGUCACAAUGGCUGCAAGGCAACCUAGUAUGAUAUAUGGCCAUUCGGGGGCGUUCAUCCUCAUUAUUCUCUUCAAUGAUGGUUCGGGUAGUGUUUCUUCCAGUUCUUUCUA